AAUUCGCUCAACGAACAGAUGCAGUACCUCUACAACCAGCGGAUCUUUGUGUUUGAAAUGAUCGAAAUGGAAGAGGAACAGGUUCCGAUGGCAUCGCUGCACUACUACGACAACAAACUGGCGGUGGAUCACAUCCUUACGAAACCGAAGGGUGUGUUCAGCUACAUCGACGAUGCGAGUCGUGGCCGCCAUGGCCAGAACUACAUCAUCGAUUCGAUUCAAUCGAACAAGAGUCCCUUCAUCAAGCGUUCCAGCGGGCACGAGUUUACCGUCGCUCACUACACCGGCCGCGUGACGUACGAUGCGCGCGAUAUGGCCGAUAAGAACCGUGACUUUAUACCACCGGAAAUGGUCGAGACGCUGCGUGCUUCCGAAGAGCCGAUCAUUAAGAUCAUGUUCUCGAAUCAACUUUCGCGCACCGGCAACCUGACGAUGGCGGCCGAAGAAGCGCUCGGUGUACCGUCGGACAAACCGACGAAGAAAAAGCGCUGGGGUGCGGCCCUGGUUGCCGAGAAGAACAAGGCCAAGAAGAUGAACACACUGUCGAAGGGGAUGUACUCGCAGGUGCACAAGAUGCGCACGAUCGCCGGUGUGUUCCGGGCGACGAGCCUCGAGCUCAUCAAAACCCUCUCGAUCGGACCGAACAGUGGCGGGACGCACUUUGUGCGCUGCAUCCGAUCGGAUUUGGAGUACAAACCGAAGGGUUUCGCGACCGAAAUGGUGCGCCAGCAGGUGCGUGCGAUGGCCGUACUCGAUACGGCACGGGGCCGCCAGAAGGGCUUCUCGCAUCGCAUCCCGUUCCAGGAGUUUCUGCGCCGUUAUCAGUUUCUGGCGUUCGAUUUCGAUGAGAACGUUGAGAUGACGCGAGAUAAUUGCCGGCUGCUGUUGAUCCGUCUUAAGCUGGAGGGUUGGGUUAUCGGGAAGACGAAGGUGUUUCUGAAGUACUACAACGUCGAGUAUCUGCAGCGGUUGUAUGAGACGCAGGUCAAGAAGAUCAUAAAGAUUCAAUCAAUGAUGCGCGCAUUCCUCGCGAAACGGUCUGUCGCCACGAAGUUGAAGCAGGUUCACCGGGAAUCAGUGCGCAAGCGUGAGGCGGCUGCUGGAGUGGAAGCUAAAGAUGAGGCCGCCCUUAAGAUCCAAUCGGCGUAUCGUGGUCAUCUGGCGAGAAAGAAGUACCGUCCGUUGAUAAACGAGCGCACCGGAAAUUUGGACACCGAUACGGCCAACUUCCUGAAGCCCUUCGUCUAUCGUUGGAGAAAGAAAUCCAUGUAUCAGGUGUUGCUGCAUUAUCGGGCAGCUCGAUACCAGGAUUUGGUCAACAUUUCGCAGCAGGUUCACAUCUACAAUCAGCGCGUUGUGGCCGGCUUUGCCACGAACAGUAACUGUAUUAUGCUGGAGAAAAUCGAUCCGACGCAGCGCAAUCCGGCACAGCUGGGACCGCAUAAGUCCGCGGUUUGGAAGUUACGGUUCCGCUUCGAUGAUAUCCCGUUCUUCGAUACCACGUACAUGUGCGAUCCGUCGUCGGCGUCCUACAUCUACACCGGUAACGAUUCCGAUAGUGAGGAUUGGGAUGCACCGUUGCGCCGUAGAAAGAACCUAUCGUCGGAGAUUACUCAAUCGACCCAGCGUGGCCUUCGAAUGGGCGAUGAAGGUCAUGGUGAACACUCGCUAGCCAACGAACCGUUCCAUCGAGAUCCAAGUCUACCGAUCAAAAGACUUUCUCCGCAUGGCAGAGUGGAACCGUGCGUUGUAAACCGUGUUCGAUCGCCCGUACAGUCACCGAUCGGUAUGCCAUCGUCGGUCUACUCACCUGUACCGUACACGCGCCAAACGGUCGAUGACAUCCGGAACAAAUUUAGUGCCACGAGCUUCGACGACGUCGGUGGUGGAGGGCUACCGAUCAAGACGACGGUCUACAAGAAGCGUGCAGCACCGAGAGCACCACUACCGAUGGAAUCGGAACCGGCAGAGAUCCAGGCGAAACCGGUAAAGAAGCGUCCUGCACCACAGCCGGUCCACGUCGGUGUUAGACCGAUCACUCCGACCAAAAUCGAUCCCAUCCGGGAGAUGGAACUUAUUGGCAAGAAGAACACGGAUGAGAAUGACAACUCGGACGAUGAGCCACCGUUCAAUUUCCAGGGCAUGCUACGGAAGACCAACUACAACCGGGCAUCGAUGAAGCGCACGUCGGAGGGCUACUCACUCACUGGCACCAGUAUUGACUUUGAGGACACCAACAAUAACAACAAUGCUAAUAACAAUUCCAACAGCUACUACCCGGCUGCCAAUAGCGAGUUCAACCGGAAACAGGCCUCCCCGACGAACGUGGUAUACCAGAGCAACCGGGCAUCGGAGCGUCCCAAGUCUUGCCAAGGGACAGAGAACGGAACCAGCAGCCGGCGUGGUAGUAGCUCGCCAAAUGCCCGGAAACUGUCGCUUGCCCAGGAUUCGAUGAUGUUGAAUGAUCAGCAGCCCGGACCAUCGCGUAGCCGCUCGACGACGCCACAGGACGAAAACCGAAACUUCCUUGGCAUGACGGGCAUCAAGGGAGAAGAGAUCGUACCGGGUGUUAUCGUUGAGGCGGAGUACGUCGAAGAGUUCUGAAGCAGCCAGGAACCAUGUUUGCCAUAUUUCUGCACACCUUACAUUACACACUUCUCCAUUUGCUGUUUUGCUUGUUAUUGAUACGUUCAUAACUGUUUUACGCUGUUACAAUAAAGGUAUAUUACUAACCCGAAAUAAG